CAGGUCGUGGGACAGAAUUUGAUCGCGCCUUAUAUGAGAAUUCAAAACAACACUCGUUUGCGACCUUAAGUUUUAGUUCGACCAUAGUUGAAUUGAACUCAUUCAGUCAACAGGCAACCAACAACCGUCCUAACUGUCAUCCGAACCGUUGACUCUUCAAAAAUGGAACAAACCGAGCAAGUGGAUGUCGAUAAAAUCUCUUCAAUUGUCAACUCCCAAUCUACAGAAAUUAUUAAACUCCUCGAAAAAUGUGAAGUCAAGUGCGGUAUCCCUCCCCUCAACGCAUUCGAGGAGCGAUAUUCCAUCAAGUUCAACUUCCCAACCAAGGAAACUUCCAGCGAACACUCCCAACCAGCAACACCAACAGAACUCACUGAAGCCUUCAAAUCACUCGACAAAAUUCCACCUUGUUUUGCGAAAAUCCAACGAAAACCAUCCCUCCAAUCGUCCGGCAAACAAAAUUCAUCAAAACGCAACGAAUCCUUCUCAUCCUCCGUAACCUCCAACACAAGCUUGGCCAAAGUCAACGUUGAUGACAUCCUGGUUGCAACCAGUCGCCUUUUCAAGGAAUGCAAAGAGCGCGACAGUAAAUUCGAAAAUGUCUUGAAAACAGCAACGAUGGACAGCCGAAGUACACUUCAUCAGUUCAAGGAGAGUACACAAAGUCUACGACGUGCAUUGGAGGAUCUGGAAAAGUUGGUGCCGCGCGGCUUAGAAGGAAGCGUCGGGAUUUUCGAUUCUGCAGAAGAAAAGGCGAUUUCAGACUUUCGUGAGGAGAUUGAUGCGCUGUUCUGUAUUCAGGAGAAUAAGGAUUUGUAUCCAAUCGUUGAAAUGCCUGACGAUAAGGAUUUAGAUGUAAUAUCCAAGCUGGCGGGUGAUUUAUUGCGAGUUUGAGUUAUGUUAAAGUUUCCGUUCUGCUCGAUCGGAUGC